UCACAACCAGGCGGAAGGUCCCGCGUCCGGGAGGCGGAGCAGAGGGGAAAGAAGUGGCUUCCGCUUUCGCCGGGUGCGGGUGUCAGGAACGGAGGGGAGCGGAGACGGUAGCGAAAAAGGGGGGAAAAUUGGCGGCGUGUCUGUGCAGAGAUGGUGUCGUUGCUGCCGCGGAUCGACCGGCUCUCGUCGCGGGUGGUGAGGGUGCUGGGCUGCAACCCGGGGCCCAUGACUCUGCAGGGUACCAACACCUACCUGGUGGGCUCCGGGACAAGAAGGGUCCUUAUUGACACAGGGGAGCCAGCUACUCCUGAAUACAUUGGCUGUUUAAAGCAGGCACUGUCACAGUUCAACAUCUCGAUUCAAGAAAUCUUAGUGACACACUGGCAUCAUGAUCACACUGGUGGAAUACCUGAUAUCUGCAAAAGCAUCCCGAGUGACUCUGAAUAUCGCAUCUGUAAGCUACCUCGUGUCCCUCACCGAGAAGAAAUAAUAGAAGGAGGACAUCAAUAUUUUUAUCUUAAGGAUGGAGAUGUGAUACAGACAGAGGGAGCCACACUCAGAGUUUUAUAUACGCCUGGACACACUGAUGAUCAUAUGAUUUUACAUCUAGAAGAGGAAAAUGCUAUAUUUUCUGGUGACUGUAUUUUAGGGGAAGGAACAACAGUAAUUGAAGACCUUCAUGAUUACAUGAAAACUUUGAAGAGGUUGUUACAAAUGAAGCCAGAUUUAAUAUAUCCAGGCCAUGGUCCAGUAAUACGUGAUGCAAAUCGCAGAAUCCAGUGCUACAUUUCUCACCGAAUUGCACGUGAAAAGCAAAUCCUGGGUGUUUUCCAGAAGAAUCCUGGAAAGCCAUAUACAUCCUCGGAGCUUGUAAAGAUAGUGUACCAGGAGAUCCCUGAAAAUUUACUUCCAGCAGCAGAAAGUAACCUCUUGGUCCACCUGAAGAAGUUAGAAAAAGAAGGAAAAGUGUUACGCGAGGAGUCUCCCACCUUCAGAUGGAGAAACAAUUUAUAAGUUACACAAGAUUGCUCCAGAAUAUUUUUAAUCUUGACCAUUUCUGCAUUAAAAAAUAUCUCAGACAAGAUGUAAAAUAAAAACUAAUUCUUCUUUCUUUUUUAAAAAAGUAGUAACACAAUUUUAAAGCAAUGUUACAGUCAGCUAACCGUUCAGUUUUUCAUGUUCUGCUCUAUAGGAAUUUUUAAAAUAACCUGAAAGGUACUGAAUUAAUACCAUGGAAAGAGCAUGAAGAACUAAAUAAAUGAUUUAUAUUAAAAAAAAAAAACCUAGCAAAAAGUACAGACAUGUUAUUCUAAACCUGUUUUCAUUAGCUUGUGCUUUUCAAAAAGUGAUUUUCUUGUAAGUUAUCUGUACAUUCUAAAAAACCAAGUUAUUUUUGUUAACAGAUGUAAAUACUGGGGUUUAUAUUCCUUUUCUAAUUUAGCUGCCUGUGCACAUCUUUUUUGGUUGCUCACUUGAUGUCAGUUUAUAACUAGCAAUUUUCAAGUUUCAACUUUAUCCAUUUAAACUCCAGAUAUUUUAACUAAAGCUUGUACUGGGUUGUAAGAUACUGUAUAGUGUAUUAAAACACAAUGUCUGAAGAUUAAUUUAAACUGGAAGUUCAGUUCUCUGUGUAGCUUAAACUUUCCAAAUAGAUACAAAUAUAAAUACUUGCAUUACUUUGUGUAUUCAAAGUCUGUGAAGAUAUUUUUUGUGAUAUACACACUUCUAAUGCCAGCUUAACCUUCAAAAUAAAAAAAAUCAGAUACAAGAUGUUUGAAGGUACCACAGAAUAAUAUUGGCCCUUGAAAAUAAUUGAAAACCUUUCGCUGUUCAGUCCUGUGCCUUCAUCUGUGAAACAUGCCUAUCUUUGGGUAUUUAAAGUAUGUCUUAAUAGUUGUUAUUAUUUUAUGAAAUUGGUGGCAUUUGUUCUGAUCAGUGGAGCCAAAGCCAGUACAGAAGUACUUCCAGAAGCAGCAAUUCAAAAAUGAAAUCAUAUUGUGAAGUAGUAACCAGACCCCUAAAGAGGGGAAAUAAUAAUUUACUGCUCUAUGAAAUUAUGGUUUUUGCAAACUUCAUCGAUCUGUUUUUUGGCUACGUCAUAACUGUUUCUCACUUUUGACUUCUUGUGCUGUGCCAUUUGGGAGUCAUUUUCAGGUCUCCUAGUUUUUCUUACUUUUAUAUAUUCAGUUCAGUUGCAUUUUUCCAUUUCAGCCGCCUUUUUUCCCCUCUAUCACAAACUUUUUUUGUUUAGUUCCCUUUGGGUUGUUUAUCUCUUCAUACUUACUCAGAAGCUUUCAUGUCAACUUCUUGCCAUUAAUGGUUACUGUUUUCCUGUAGCUAUUUCAUUAAUUUAUAGUUACCGUUUCCUUGUUAGGAUUAAAAAGGUAAUUACUACUGAUUUCUUUUCAAAAAAGUAAAUUCACAUGUUCUGUGAAUUACUUUCUUGAAGCAAAUUGUGAAUUUAAAGAUCAGUGAAACAGUACAAUUUUCUGUCGUGAGGUCUGAGAACCUAAGCCAACAGGGAACCAGUAUGAAGAAGUGAUGUCUCAUUACCUUUCUGAACUAAAGAAGAAAUCUGCUAGCAGGUAAAAUAUCACUGAACCAUUUUCUUCUGGUUUACUGUUCUUCAUUUUUAAAUACACAAAAGCCAAAAUGGCUUUUGGAGUUGAGUUGAAGUAUCAUUGGAACUUGCAGGCAGUGAAGGAGGUGAGAGGAUACAGUCAGAGAAUUCCUUGUUCCAUGCUGUGCUGCAGCCUGACAUUCUCAAAAAAAAUGGGGGAAAUUGCAGUUUAACUGAACUUGUCAAUAAUCAUAUAUGGUAUCUCUUUAAUAUUAAUAUAUUAAAGCAGAUUGCACUGUCACUGAGAUGUAUAUGCAAUAAGGAUACUUAUGUCAGCUAUGACAUGCUGUAAAGAUUUUGAAACUCCUUGUUGUUUAUGAGAUUGUAAGUCAGAAGAAAUGUUUGUUUCUUUAAAAAUAGAAUGCUGAUGUAAUCUUUCUGCCAUGUAUGUAUAAAAAUGGAGAUUAGCCUACUUACAUCCCUUUUAUCAAUACAUUAAUCUGUCCAGAAUGCAUUAAAAGUUAAGAAUAAAAAGAGAACGGGCAA